AAAAGCCGGGGACCCGCCUGCCUUGCCCGCGGGGCUGCCGAGCGGAGGAGAGAAAGGGCUUUGUGCGGGAGAAAAAGAGAAAGAAAGGAAGGAAGAAAAGAAGGAGAGAGAGAGAGAGAGAGAGAGAGAGAGCCAGGCAGCGCCGCGUGGUCCUCGCUCGCUCUCUCGCAGGCAGACAAAAGGCUCCCAGCUCCACCUCGGCCUCCCGGUCCCUCCGUUCUCUGGGUCUCUGGGGCGCUGGUUCUGGUCCUCUCCGCCCGGCACCAUGACGGCCAACGGGACGGCCUCGGAGUCUCUCCAGAUCCAGUUCGGCUUGAUCAACUGCGGCAACAAGUACCUGACGGCGGAGGCCUUUGGCUUCAAGCUCAACGCCUCUGCGCCCAGCCUGAAGAAGAAGCAGAUCUGGACGCUGGAGCCCAACGGCGGGAGCGAGGACGCGGGCGCGGUCUUCCUGCGCAGCCACCUGGGCCGCUACCUGGCCGCCGACAAGGACGGGCGCGUCACCUGCGACAGCGAGGCCCCCACGGCCGACUGCCGCUUCCUGCUCCUGGCCCACGAUGACGGGCGAUGGUCCCUCCAGUCCGAGCCCCACCGGCGCUUCUUCGGCGGCACCGAGGACCGCCUCUCCUGCUUCGCCCAGGCCGUCUCGCCCGCCGAGAAGUGGAGCGUCCACCUGGCCAUGCACCCCCAGGUCCACAUCUUCAGCCUGGCCCGCAAGCGCUACGCCCACCUCGGCACCACCGGCGCCGGAGACGAGGAGGUGGCCGUCAACCGAGACGUGCCCUGGGGCACCGACGCCCUGGUCACCCUCGUCUUCCAGGACCAGCGCUACAGCAUCCAGACGGCUGACCACCACUUCCUCCGCCACGAUGGCAAGCUGGUGGCGCGGCCGGAGCCGGGCACGGGCUACACGCUGGAGUUCCGCUCGGGCAAGGUGGCCUUCCGGGACUGCGAGGGCAAGUACCUCUCCCCGUCCGGGCCCAGCGGCACCCUCAAGGCCGGCAAGAGCGCCAAGGUGGGCAAGGACGAGCUCUUCGUCUUGGAGCAGAGCUGCCCGCAGGUCGUCCUCCGCGCCGGCAACGAGAGGAACGUCUCCACCCGGCAAGGGAUGGACCUUUCAGCCAACCAGGAUGAGGAGAGUGAUCAAGAAACCUUCCAACUGGAAAUCAACAAAGAGACCAAGAAAUGCACCUUCAGGACUUAUACUGGGAAAUACUGGACCCUCACCUCCAAUGGCGGGGUGCAGUCCACUGCCUCAACUAACAGGAAUGCCAACUGUUACUUCGACAUCGAGUGGUGCGACCGGCGCAUCACGCUGAAGGCAGCCAAUGGCAAAUACGUCACGGCAAAGAAGAACGGGCAGCUCGCGGCCUCUGUGGAAAUUCCCGGUGAGACCGAGUCCUUCCUCAUGAAGCUGAUCAACCGGCCGAUCAUUGUCCUUCGAGGAGAGCAUGGCUUCAUUGGCUGCCGGAAAGUGACCGGCACCCUGGAUUCGAACCGAUCCUCUUACGACGUCUUUCAACUGGAGUUCAACGAUGGCGCCUACAAUAUCAAAGAUUCCACUGGGAAAUACUGGAUGGUGGGCAACGAAUCCUCGAUCACCAGCAGCAGCGACACGCCGGUGGACUUCUUCUUUGAGUUCUGCGACUACAACAAGGUGGCCAUCAAAGUCAACGGCAAAUACCUGAAGGGCGACCACGCCGGCGUCCUCAAAGCCUCUGCCGACGCCAUCGACCCCUCCACCCUCUGGGAGUAUUGAAUGCACUUUAGCCUCCUUCCCGCCGCUCUUCUGUGCUCUCUUCUUCUUCUUCUUCCUCUUCCCCACUCCUCCUCCUCCUCCUCCCCUUUCAGUUGCCAAUAUAUAUAUUUUUCGUUUGUGGGUUAUUUUUUCAACGUCCUGGUGUGUCUUUCCCUAAAGAAAAGGGGUUAUCUUUCAGACCGGCCUGCUGCUUAUAUAUCGCUGUAUAAGUUGUUUUGGUUCUUUUGGGAUAGGGUGGGGGUGUAGGGGGUUACUUCCUUUUGUUAUGUCAGUAUCUUUUUUUAUGAUGAUGAUGAUGAAAACUGGAAAAUGUUAACUAACCUGGAGGAAAAAAAACGAAACCAAGGUGCACUCUUCCGCACAGACUAUAUUUUUUGGAGCGGGGCGUUGGUUUGUCAAAGUUACAGAACAGACUUCCUCGCCUCUGUGCUGAUGCUCUGAAUUGAAAAGGGAAUCUACAUCCCAUUGUAUGAUGAUAAGUGAAACGAAUCUUUCCUGAUCUCUUGGUGGCUUCCUCGCAAGAGUGCCUAUUGAGCUCAGUUGUCGUUCGAGUCGCUGCCAUACUCAACGACUUGGCACAAUUAUUAUCCUUCCAGCAGUUUCCCAAAACUGGAAUUGCCUUCUGCAGUUGGUUUGUUAGCUGUCACUUUUCUUGGGGUUUGAUCCUACGUCGAGAUCCUUCCUUUCUCUAGUCAAAGCAGAGAAGAAGACUCUGGGCAUAUCUCGCAAAUCUAAGAAGGGUUUGUGAGGAAAGUCAAAGGGUCCGUUCUAGAUAAAAUGACAUGAUAAGUAGAAACCAGCCCUCUUGAUCUCUUGGUGGCUUCCAAAGUCAAAGGGUCCGUUCUAGAUGAAAUGACAUAAGUAGAAAUCAUCUCUCUUGAUCUCUUGGUGGAUUCCUCGUAAGAGUGCCUAUUGAGAUCAGUUGUCGUUCGAGUCGCUGCCGUACUCAACGACUUGGCACAAUUAUUAUCCCUCCAGCGGUUUCCCGAAACUGGAUUUGCCUUCUGCAGUUGGUUUGUUAGCUGUCACUUUUCUUGGGGUUUGAUCCUAUGUCGAGAUCCUUCCUUUCUCUAGCCAAAGCAGAGAAGAAGUCUCUGGGCAUAUCUUGCAAAUCUAAGAAGGGUUCGUGAGGAAAGUCAAAGGGUCCGUUCUAGAUGAAAUUACAUAAUAAGUAUAAACCAUCUCUCUUGAUCUCUUGGUGGCUUCCUCGCAAGAGUGCCUAUUGAGCUCAGUUGUCGUUCGAGUCACCGCUGUGCUCAACGACUUGGCACAAUUAUUAUCCUUCCAGCGGUUUCCCAAAACUGGAUUUGCUUUCUGCAGUUGGUUUGUUAGCUGUCACUUUUCUUGGGGUGUGAGCCUACAUUGAGCUCCUUUCUUUUUCUAUCCAAAUCAGGGAAGAAGUUUCCAGGCAUAUCUCGCAAAUCUAAGAAGGGUUUGUGAGGAAAGUCAAAGGGUCCGUUCUAGAUGAAAUGACAUGAUAAUAGAAACCAGCCCUCUUGAUCUCUUGGUGGCUUCCCCGCAAGAGUGCCUAUUGAGCUCAGUUGUCAUUCGAGUCACUGCCGUACUCAACGACUUGGCACAAUUAUUAUCCUUCCAGCGGUUUCCCGAAACUGGAUUUGCCUUCUGCAGUUGGUUGGUUAGCUGUCACUUUUCUUGGGGUGUGAGCCUACAUUGAGCUCCUUUAUUUCUCUAGUCAAAGCAGGGAAGAAGUUUCCAGGCAUAUCUCGCAAAUCUAAGAAGGGUUUGUGAGGAAAGCCAAAGAGUCCGUUCUAGAUGGAAUGACAUGAAUAAGCAAAGACACAAAGCAGAGGGGACUGGAGAGGAGUAGACAAAAGGAGUAACUUUGGGGAGGAUGUGGUCUCUGCAGAAGCUCCGUUUGUUCAUCUCACGGGUGGCAGAACUACUGGGAUAGUUGACCGUCCUGUCGCCUUGCCUCUUCGCAGCACAAUCUUGAUGGUUUCAAGUGCCCAAGGAGCAUCUCUUGAGCUUCUCUUUGACUACUAAAGCUAUUAACACUGCCUUAUGGUUCCUCAACUCCUCGAGUCUUUAUAGAAACUUUCCUCCCUUUUUGUAAUACAAGUGAAAAUAUAUAGAGGCUGCUCUUAUGACCUGGUUGCUUUCCAACAACAUCUUCUCGAUUUCCAUCUUGAGAAUGCAGGAGUCUUCUUUAGCUUUCCAAUCUAUUCGUCCUUGCUUAGGAUCCAACAGGCAUCAAACUGCACAUCUUGUCUGCACAAAUCUCCUCUUUGGUUUCCAUCUCAGGAGUGAGCUCAACUGGAGAAGGUUCUCCAGUUCAACUACAACUUCCGUGACUACUUCCAGAUUCCCCAACACCCUUCUUUCGUGGCUUAAUAAGUUACCUCUCAUUCUUUCUGGCUCUGCUUGAGAGUUUCUCAUGCCUCAAGGGAGCCAUGGAUCUCAGUCGCUUUCUGAGUGUGAGUGUGUGCGGAAAUCAAGGUAUGUUUGGGAGGAGAAGAGACGGGAAGGAGCGAGCCAUACUUUGCGUGAGUGCAUUUCCGACGGAGACGGUCUCAUUCGUUCCCGGUCACUCUUCAUGUAGACAGUGGCUGCGGGAUAUUAAAAAGAGUCGCUAAUCUCAAUCUACAGUUCUAGAAAGCUUUUAAAACGGGCAACGUUUGCACAGUGUGUGUUGGAUACAUCUCUUGUCACUUGGCCUUGCUGGAAUUUCCAUCCCCAUCGUCGCUUUGUUGUCGUUCUGAGGAUACAUGUCGCAGCGUUUGCUUCUGGCUUGUGUCAGUGUGUGUAACAUAUCUCCUAUUUACCUUUUUGGGGAGAAAGGUCUAUCCGAAACGAUUCCUCUCAUUGUGCAGAAUCAAAACAGUGUGAUUUCUCCCUUCGAGAACGAGAUCUCAACUUCAAGCUUCAUCGUAGUGUGUAACCCAACGUGUAUGUUUGUACCACGCCAAUAGUUUUGUAAUCUUGGACAUCUCAUCUAGGAUGAUAGGGCAUUAAUCUCCGUCCCCUUUAAGGCCAGCCUGUUCAAUACCUCUCUUGCCCAAUCCAAGCGGAAAGGUGCUUUUAUCAUCUCUACGAACCCACCAAAGUCCAUCUGUUCCAUGCCUUGUUAAGCGCACUAUCUUAUGAGAACCUCUAUGGCAGCUGUGGGCAAACUUUCCAGGUGUUUUGGACUUCAACUCCCACCAUUCCUGACAGCCUCAGGCCUCUUCCUUUUCCUCCUCAGCCACUUAAGUUAUGAGAUAAUCACAUACGCAGGCCGAUACUUACACAGAGUCACACAGGAGAGAAGAAGAUGGAUUAUUUUGUCCUCCUUAUAUAUGCAACCGCCUGCUGAUAGGACAUCAGUAAGGGACACUGGCUUAAGCGGCUGAGGCUGAUAAGGAAAGGAUUUGAGGUUUUCAGGAAUGGUGGGAGUUGAAGUCCAAAUACCCGGAGGGCCGAAGUUCGACCAUGCCCGCCCAAUGCUUUUUGCCAAAAGUCUUUGAGCUUUGUGCCAUCAGAGGAGGUUCUUCAGCCGUGGAUACUUGGUGCUAGAUUUCCAAACAACUGGAAUUAACUUGCCUUAUAGGUUAAGGAAGGGUGGGUACAGAAGUGCAUUUGGCCCGGGCUAAUUUGGGAUUUCUGGAACACUAAAAUUGGGUGCUUUCCUUAUCAACGCCAGUGUAAACGUUGGCCAUAGAAACGGAUUGUCUGUUCCCAAUCCCUUGAUUUCUCUUUUCCGGACGACACUUGGUUUUUGGGCUGUGUGUAACCCCGCUGCCUUCUCUCCCGAGUUAAAACGAUUUCGUCCCGGAAUUCUCUCCGUUUGCCUUCUUCCUCAGCUUUUUUUUUUUUUUUUGUGGCUCUGAAGAAAAAAAAAUAUUAAGAAAAGCAUCUCACAUUCUGGUAUAUUUUGUUAAGGAUUUUUUGUUUUGUUUUGUUUCCUUUUUAAAAAAACACUUUUGUAAGUGCCAUUUGUAUAACAAGCUUCAAAUGGAGAAGAGAAAGUGACAAAAUAAUAAUAAUAAAUAAAUAAAAACCCGCAUUCAGAUAAGAAAGAAA